AUGGCGGCUCGAUACGGACACCUGGACCUAGUGGAGUACCUGCUGGAGUGCUGCUGUGCCCCGGUUGAGGUGGGAGGCUCGGUCAAUUUUGACGGGGAAACUAUCGAGGGAGCACCGCCUCUGUGGGCAGCGUCCGCGGCUGGGCACCUAAAGGUGGUCCAGUCUUUGCUGGGGCACGGAGCUUCAGUCAAUAGUACCACCUUGACGAACUCUACGCCUCUGAGAGCGGCUUGCUUCGACGGACACCUGGACAUUGUGAAGUAUCUGGUGGAGCACAAGGCUGACCUGGAGGUGGCCAACAGACACGGACACACGUGUCUGAUGAUCUCCUGUUACAAAGGCCAUAAGGAGAUCGCCCAGUAUCUGCUGGAGAAGGGGGCAGACGUGAACAGGAAGAGUGUCAAAGGCAACACAGCCCUUCAUGACUGUGCCGAGUCGGGGAGUCUGGAGAUCAUGAGAAUGCUGCUAUGCUUUGGGGCCACAAUGGAGCAGGAUGGAUAUGGGAUGACCCCUCUGCUGUCUGCCAGUGUCACUGGCCACACUAACAUAGUUGACUACCUGACAACGCACCAACAGACCAGCCAUAAGGAACGAAUAGAUGCCCUUGAGCUCCUUGGUGCCACUUUUGUGGACAAAAAGAGAGAUUUACUUGGGGCCUUGAAAUACUGGAAAAGAGCCAUGGACCUCAGAUAUAUGGACGGCAACCAUGUGGUCAACAAGCCUGAACCAAAGCAGCUCAUUAUGGCCUAUGAUUAUGCUAGAGAGGUCACUAAUGGAGAGGAGCUGGACGGGCUGAUAUCUGACCCAGAUGAGAUGAGAAUGCAGGCACUGCUCAUCCGUGAGAGGAUCUUGGGCCCUCAGCAUCCAGACACCUCCUACUACAUACGCUACAGAGGAGCCGUUUACGCAGACUCUGGGAACUUUGAGCGCUGCAUUAAUCUGUGGAAAUACGCACUGGACAUGCAGCAGACAAACCUGGACCCUCUCAGUCCAAUGACAGCCUCCAGUUUGCUGUCGUUUGCUGAGCUUUUCUCCUUCAUGCUCCAGGACCGGGCCAAGGGGCUGCUGGGAACGUCUGUGUCAUUUGAGGACUUAAUGGGCAUUUUGUCUAAAAGUGUUUUGGAGAUUCAGCGGGCGGUGAAGCAGACUGGUCUGACGCCCCCUGAGCCUGCCCAGCUCACCAAAGCCCUGUCAAUCAUCUUGCACCUCAUCUGCCUCCUGGAGAAAGUACCAUGCAGUAUCGAACAAGACCACUACAAGAAGGAGACUAUUUACAGAUUCCUAAAGCUCCAGCCCUGUGGUAAGAACGGGUACAGUCCGCUCCAUCUCGCUGUUGACCGAAACACGACCUGCGUUGGCCGGUAUCCCGUCUGCAAGUUCCCAUCGCUCACCGUGGCCUCCAUUCUGCUGGAGUGUGGAGCCGAUGUCAACAGCAGAGACGAGGACGACAACAGCCCCCUCCACAUCGCCGCCUCAAACGGUCACCCAGACAUCAUGAACCUGCUCAUCUGCAGUGGCACGCACUUCGACAGCACCAACUCUUUUCAGCAGACUGCUCUAGACUUGCUGGACGAGAAGGAGCUGGCCAGAAACGUCGUCCAGCCCAUCAACCACACCACACUGGCUUGCCUCGCUGCUCGAGUCAUUGUCAAGCACAGCCUCCACUACAGGGGGAACAUCCCGGAGAAACUGGAGGCCUUCGUGUUACUUCAUAGAUAA